AUGUAUCUUGCUCAGUUAUCAUCUAAGAAGCUUUUGCCAAUUUUCUCCAGUCAAAUCAGAGGCAAAAAAUUCCACCCUGUUUGGUGGGAUCCACAUAGUCUCAACGACUAUGACAAUCUGAGUAAAGGCCAUCCUUCUGUUCAGGAGCAAUGGGAUUCUGAGUGGGCUUCCACUGAAAUAGUACCUCGUGAACUAAAAGCCUUCGAUAUAAAUCGACUUCCCAACAAUCUAAUCGCUAGAAAUAAGCGCAUUCCAGUUCCUGUUCUUCACGAUAAUGAGAAAACACUCUUCUAUCAACGUCGUUUGUUCGGUAUAUAUGGACUGAAGAGUGGUGUCAACCCCUGUGAAAUGUUUGAUUCAUACGAAGAAUUAGAAAGGGAGGAGAAACUAAAGAAGUUAAUAGAACCAGAUGUUGAGGAGUUCAAGAGAACUAGAGCACAAGAAAUUGAAGAGGAAGCCAAGGCUGAUUCUGAAAGAAUCCGCAAAGUUAAAGAAAAUUUGGAACGGUUACCAGAAAUGAUGAAGAAGUAUCAAGCUUCGCAGGCCAAAAAGUUUGAAGCCGCUAAAGCCAUGGAUGAAAAGAGGCGACAAUUACUUGAAGAUGCUCGAGACAAAUUUGGUUAUUAUGUGGAUCAUCGAGAUCAGAAAUUCCUCAAGAUGGUUGAGGAAAAACAGGAAGAAGAAAAGCUGGCAAAAAAGGCAACGAAGAAGAAGAAAUGA